UAUUGUGUUACAGACGCCUUAGUUUUUUCCCGUCCAAGAGGACCGUGGUUCUUCCAUUGGAGUGUCUUUAGGAGGGCUGGUGUUGCGUAAAAAGAAUAACCAAUAGAUGGUGUUUUUGAAGCUGAAGCUGCAGUAAUCAUUUUGAAGGACACUUGAAUGCCAGUCAGCAAGAAUUAACAGGCUUCUGUAAGGUUUUUCAGCUAGCUGUGCGCAAGCCCUCUGGUCAUUUUUGGGUCCCUGAAGCUCCAGUGAUGGAGGAGGACUAUAACUUCAUGGACUCUACAAAAGAGUUGCAUGUGUUUGACAACCACGAGGGUAUGAUCCCCCGCGAAGUCUGCCGCCUGUUCGGGCCUGAUACGCUUCGGCUGAACCUCAGCUCCUGCCACCUCAGAUUUUCAAAAGGGCUUGCGAUGUUUCCCAAUGUUGAAGAAAUAAUAAUGGACAACAACGAGCUGACAUCGCUAGAGAUGUGUCGACUACCACGCCUCCAUACACUGUCCUUGAACAACAAUAAGGUGGAGGGUCUGGAGACCCUGCUGGUGAUGCUGCAGCGCUGCGCCGGCCGCCUCCGCUACCUCAGUAUCCUGGGUAACCCGUGCAGCCCCGAUCAGCUGACCUGCGACCGGUACACGCCCGCCGACUACGCCAGACACAGGCUGUACGUGCUGUACAUGCUGCCCCAGCUGCUCUUCCUUGACUCGACGCGGGUCACGGCGCCCGAGCGGGUCGAGGCCAAGAGACGGGGCGCCUACUGUCGCACCGUCAAACUGGUCAAGUGGGACGCGCCGGCCAGCCCGGCCAGGGUGGAGUGGGGCGAGGACGUGCUGGACACGGCG